AUGACCCGAAGACAUUCAUCCAGCGCGACUAGCAAAGAGGAGGCGGCAGUCGGUGACAAGGAGGUCGUCGAUGUACGCUCGCCGCACAGUAUCGAGGCCGAGACCGUUGUGGAUGACGUUCCGGUCUACUCUGAUGCCGAGUACGCAAGGGUACGGCGCAAGGCCGACUUCAUCCUGCUCCCGAUGCUCAUGUUCACCUAUGGAAUCCAGUACAUGGAUAAGACUAGUCUGACGCAAGGUGUCAUCUUUGGCCUGCGAGAGGACACGAAGAUCACAAACCAAGAGUACGCGAAUCUGACCACACUGUUCUACAUGGCCUACGCCGUCGCCCAGUUCCCGUUCACAUGGGUCAUGCAGCGGUUCCCGAUCGGCAAAGCGCUGAGCGUGUUCGUCAUCCUGUGGGGCGCGUGCGUCAUGUGCCUCGGCGCAUGUAACAACUAUGCGCAGCUGGCCGCGGUACGCGUCCUCGUCGGGGCGUUCGAGGCGGUCGUCAUCCCCGGCUUUGUCAUCCUCACGUCGUCGUGGUACCUCCGUAAGGAGCAGACAUUCAGGCAGUGCCUGUACUACUCGCAGAACCAGGUGUGGGGGAUCGUCGCGUCCGUGGCGGUGUACUUUAUGGCCAAGGCGGCAGCCAAGGCCGGCGGGAUCGCGGGCUGGCGCGUGAUCCAGUUCUUCAUGGGCGGGCUGACGAUCGUGUGCGGCAUCUUCGACCUGCUGCUUAUUGGCACGCCUGACGAAGUCUGGUGGCUCAAGAAGGACGAGAAACGCAUCGCCAAGGCCCGUAUCGCGACCAACGCUACCGGCGGGGCAGAGGUCGCCUCGUGGCGCUGGGAACAGGUCCGCGAGUGCUUCCGCGACCCGCAGUACUACUUCUGCAUCCUGUUCAACUUCCUUGUCAUGAUCCCCAACGGCGCGUUCAUCACUUUCAACACGCUUAUCAUGAAAUCUUUCGAUUUUUCUAGUUUUGACGUGAUUAUCUACAGCAUGCCCUCUCAGGCCAUCGCCAUCUUCUUCGUCAUCGUCCCGGGCCUCUGUGUGCAGUACUACCCGAAAACCCGCUUCCCAUGGGCGCUGUUCGUCACGGCUUUGGCCACCGCCGUGUUCCUCUUCACCGGCCUGUGCCCCGAAGACACGCCAAAGUGGACCAAGUGGGGCGUGUACAUCUUCUCGCUGCCGUUCGCGACGGCCAUGUUCCUCAUCUGGCCGCUGAUGAGCAUCAACGUUGCCGGGCGCACGAAGAAGACGUGGCUCACGGCCAGCAGCCUGAUAGCCUACUCGGCCGGCAACAUCCUCGGCUCGCAGAUCUUCCGCGACCCGCCGCGGUAUGUGCGCGGCCUCAUUGGCGUGUCCAUCGCCAUGAUACUGUACAUGAUCCUGUUUGUCGUCUGGUGGAUCUACUACAUCCGCGAGAACCGCCGCAGGGACAGGGUGGUCGCGGGGUUGGGCUUGACGCCAGAGCAGCAGGAGGACGAGCGGCGCAAGGCCGGCGAGCAGGACAUGACGGAUGUGCAGAACAUUCACUUCCGAUACCUAUGCUAG